UCCAGUUCCAAGAUUACUAUAGGAGCGGAACAUCAAUUGUUUGAUGCAAUUGACUUGGCUAAGAUUCAUUGCUCCCAUGGCUGCCAAGUCUUGUCAAGUGCUACUGCUCCCAUUGGUGCUGCUUCUCGCUGGCAGCUCGUUGGCAGUGGCAGAUCAGCUGGAAGUCGGCUACUACAGCAAGACAUGCCCGAACGUCGAGGCGCUUGUCCGCGAGGAGAUGGAGAAGAUCAUGUCAGCCGCAUCCAGCCUUGCUGGCCCUCUCCUCAGGCUUCACUUCCAUGACUGCUUCGUGAGGGGUUGUGACGCCUCCGUUCUGCUCAACUCCACCGACGGCAACACGGCAGAGAAGGACGCCACUCCGAACAAGAGUCUGCGAGGCUUCGGUUCCGUGGAGAGGGUGAAGGCCAAGCUCGAGGCCGCCUGCCCCAACACCGUCUCCUGUGCCGAUGUCCUCACGCUCAUGGCCCGCGACGCCGUCGUGCUUGCCAGGGGCCCCUUCUGGCCCGUGGCGCUCGGGAGGCGAGACGGCAGGGUGUCCAGUGCAACUGAGGCGGCCGACCAGCUGCCUCCGGCCUACGGAGACAUACCACUGCUCACCAAAAUUUUUGCAUCGAAAGGCCUCGAUGCAAAGGACCUAGUUGUCCUCUCCGGCGGCCACACCCUCGGCACGGCGCACUGCACGUCUUACGCCGGCCGGCUCUACAACUUCAGUAGCGCCUACAACGCCGACCCAUCUCUCGACAGCGAGUACGCCGACAGGCUCAGGACGCGCUGCAAGAGCGACGACGACAAGGCCAUGCUUUCCGAGAUGGACCCCGGCAGCUACAAGACCUUCGACACGAGCUACUAUCGCCACGUUGCCAAGCGCAGGGGACUGUUCCAGUCCGACGCUGCGCUCCUGACCGAUGCAACCACCAGGGAGUACGUCCAGCGCAUUGCCACCGGCAAGUUCGACGAUGUGUUCUUCAAGGACUUCAGCGAAUCCAUGAUCAAGAUGGGAAGUGUCGGCGUGCUCACCGGUGUUGACGGGGAGAUCAGGAAGAAGUGCUACGUUGCUAAUUAGGCUUUCUCCUUAAUUGCUUUGCGGGUUAACUUGAUUACAUUAUUGAUUCUUGCUAGCAUCCUCAUCACGAGUUUGUACGGUGUGAAUGCCACAAUGAAUAAUCAUUUUGUUAUGUUAGUCAAUAUUAUGACAUUAA